CCCAAAGAUUGGAUUGGAUUGUUUACUAUCCGGUCCCGGUCCAGUCUCGGUCCGGGUUAUACGGUCCGGUUUCCGGUUUUUAAUUCGGUCCCGGUCCAAAUAGCCACCCCUAGGGUUUUCAACACACUAAAUCUGUUGUUACCAAGUCCAACGAUAAGGAACCCAUCACAAUGGGGCGAGCCCGGAUGCUACAUAAAUACCUAUUCCCUUCCCGUAUCUAGUGCGUGUCAAGUUAACUAUAUGUACAAUUAUGAAUCGAGGCAGGACCAUCAAUUUUUAUAUUUAAUUUACUAUUUUUUAUCCAUAAAACGAUAAAAAUAUAUUUCAUAUAUAGAAAUAGAUUAAUUGUGUCCAUGGAAACUAGAUAUCCAUACCCCUCUAGUACCAAGUGUAGGUCAGGUCUGAGAAUUUCUAUGAAAGUACGUAUUGGGACAGAUAAACCUAUUCAUAUAUUUUAUUAGAAGAAAAUAUUUAGUUAUAACGAUAAACCAUAGAGAAGUAAUCCAUCAAUGAGAUAGAGAUAAUAAGUAGAUUAGUUUUAUCCAAUUAAUUGUAAGAUGAAAUCUUUCACUUGUCUAGAGUAAACUGGAUAAAAUAUGAUUUAAAAUAGACGAAACAUAACAAAAAUAGAAAUUGAGACAAAUAAGGUAGAGAGAUAGUGAGAGAUGAGAGAGAGAACGCAAGGUAAGAGAUAGUGAACAGCCUCCCCCCUCAAUUUGUUCGCAAGGCUUGGAGCGCUUCUAAGAGGGUUAGCGUAUAGGGUUUGGGUAGAUCUUGCAAGGGUUUGUCUUCUGUGUGCAGGUACCAGGCAUCAGUCAUUGGCAGCAGCAGGUGCUCGAAAAAAGAGUGCUUUCGUCAAACGCGAAUGAGACCAAAGAUCGUAUCAAUCAGAAAGAGAGGUACAAGCUACACUUCUUUGUACAGAUUGGAAGCGAAAGAAGGAAGAAGAAGAAGAAGAUGGUUCGUUGUAAUAAUGAAUCUCAAAUCAUUUGGCUCCAAGGGGUUCUCCAAACGACUGCAAUGAGAGAUUGGCGAUUCCAUGUCGGAUGUGUCAAGUAGAAUGGCGAACGGGUGCCACACGUUGGCAGGACUACGAACCGGAGUGGCUCUUUUUUGCAUAUCUCUGAAAAAGGUCCAAAGUGGGAAGGUCUUCAAGAUCAUUGUCACAUGCCACGAUGGUAGAGAUGGUUGGCACGUUCAACUGCCCUGUUGCAGGAGUUUUACAGGUUGGAAAACCAGCUCUGAUCCGCUCGUUUUUAGAUGCCGCACAGAAUCAGACGCUACCCUCCGCUCCUAUCCUUGAUUCACCAUCCAUGGCAACUCGGUCCUAUGUUGACGUUGUUAAAGGUGGAGGAUUCUAUGGCGCUAGAAGAUGCGACAUCAAAACCGGCAGCCAUGGGCAAUUUAUUGAAGUUGUGCUGGAGGGGAUUUCAGAGAAGUAAAAUCUCUUAGGAAGAAGCUUGGUGGUUAAGUUCACUGACACGCUACGACACAACACCUAACAAUGGCCAAGUGUAACCAAUGGAAGGGACUGCAGUAUAGUGGUGCAAGUAAUAAAUAUCGAAUCCUCGGGUCUCUAGAUGUACUAUUACUCAGCUUCAGUUCAUUAUCUAGCAAAUCAGAUUAAGGAUUGAUUAACUAAACUACUCUACUAACUAAACUAAGCAAAACUACUAAUUACAGUUUGGGAACUCGCUUAGGUAUGAUUCCCCCUAACUCCUCAAUUAGGUCCAAGUUGUAAUUCCUUUAGGUUGUUUUACUGUUGAUUAAACUGCGGAAGAUCCUAAAUUAGCUUGGAAUCUCUUAAGCUGACCAAGCCCUCUUAGACAGAAUACACGGCAGGCGACUAGCCUUUACCGGGAUAGACUGUUAAGGCGAUUCACACAGAUAUCCACUAUUGGAAUGAAUUCCAGUACAAAGCAGUGAAUUGACUGACUCUCGCACAACCAAUUCACUACUAUCAAUCAAUGAAGCUCUCUUAACCUAAUCAGAUUCUAUCUAUCAAAGGUUAAAGCAGAAAUCAAGAGAAUUUGAUCAGGAUUCAAUUGACUCAAUAAAUCAUGCCUCCAUCGAUUCUAAUCACACAAUAUAGCAUCCAAAACUUCAUACAAGCAAGAUCCCUAACACAUGGAACUAGGGUUCUUCAUACCCAAGUGAGAGAGAUUUCUACUCCAUAGAGAGAGAGAGAGAGAGAGGGAUACAGAAUACAAAGCAGUCAUACUCAUAACAAUGGGAAGAAUCUGUCUGGGAUGAUGAUCUUCACUCCAAGGAUGAUUUCCAAGCUUGAUUGAUGAAACCCAGCUCUAAAACCACUCUUAGCGGGUGUUUUUCACACUUUCUCUCUCUAGGGCUCUGUUUUUGCUCCAAAAAGUCAAUUUUUCUCUCCUUUAGCCCAGAAAUUCCCGACCACACGGCCAGGCCACACAGCCGUGUGGCUUUCCCAGGCUGCCCGUGUGAGUGUCAAAACGCGGAGUUUCGAUUAAGUGACUUCAGCCAUCCCACACGGCCACAACCACACGGCUGUGUGGAUUUCCAGGCUGCCCGUGUGAGUUCCCUGGAAUUCCCACACGGCCACAUGGGCUCCCUUACACGGCCAGUGUGACUUGCCCGUGCAAUUUGGUGUCACACGGCCAGGUCACACGGCCGUGUGGGUUUUACGCGUGCCCGUGUGGCUUCCCCAGCUUCUCGCCAAAUGUCCCAUCUUCGUCCAAUCGAUCCCGAACUGGUUCUCAAACCUUCCUUCACGUACUAGGACCUGAAAUAUCACAAACAAGAACAACCUAGCGUGAAAUCGGCCUAAAACAAGAGAGGUAAGACUCAAACGGUGUAAGAAUGGUGGACAAAAACAUGUGUAUAUAUCAAGUCAUCAUUCACCUCCUCCAACUUGGAGAUGUUCACGAAGAGUUAUGUGUCAGAAUUCAAGCAUUGGGGACAAAAGAACUGGGUCAUUGAUGACAGUUUUGGAUUUGAAGAGUUGGGAGAUGGAAGAUGGCUCCUUGUUUGCCCAAGUUUACAAGAAACCUUGCGUAUUAAU